CAUAGAAACAGUUCACAUAAUAUUUCGUUAUUUGUCUUAUAUCGAGGAAUAAUUCAACAACCAUGGCUGAUCAAUUGACAGAAGAACAAAUUGCAGAGUUUAAAGAAGCUUUCAGUCUCUUCGACAACGAUGGUGACGGGACCAUUACCACAAAAGAACUUGGAUUGCUAUGAGAUCUCUCGGGAAAAAUCCUACAGAAGCAGAACUACAGGACAUGGUCAACGAAGUCGACGCUGAUGGUAAUGGCACGAUCGAUUUCCCAGACUUCCUGACUAUGAUGGCUCAAAAAAUUACGGAUACUGAUUCUGAGGAAGAAUUUCGAGAAGCAUUCAGAGUAUUUGAUAAGGAGGACAAUGGUUCUAUAAGUGCAGCUGAACUUCGUCACGUUAUGACAAAUCUUAGUGGAAAAUUAUCAGACGCAGAAAUUGAUGACAUAAUCAGUGAUGCUGACGUAGACGGCAGUGGACAAGUUAAAUAUGAGGAAUUUGUAAAAAUGAUGAAGAAUUCAAAUUGAGGAAAAAAAGCCACGAUGAGACAUUAAAACAAUAAAGAAAUUGAUAAACAGCAUGUGUUUGUCUUCAGCGAUUGUGAUUAUCCUUUCAACUCUCAUUCUCCUUCAGGUGGUAACUGGGUUUAAUUUAAACAAAAGAAAUGGAACUCUUUGAAUGUGCCAAAUUUAGGCGUUUACGCAUCUUACGUGUGUGUUUGUAGUUAAAUGAUUCAAUUGAGCUGCGAAAUAUUUGUAAGUUUUGAAUUAAAGACAAAAUAUAAAUUCCAAAGACAGUAACAUAUUUAUCUUCUUAAAACAUCGAUUUACAUC